CUGCACGUGUUGUGCUGACACUACAGUGCACCUUUUUCAGAUGCAGCCUAUUCAGGUGCACACAGUAUAAAACAGCAGUGGGCACCAGCUGCAUCAUGGAAUGCCAAGGGACUGAGGCAACAGAGAUGAAUGUGAACACAGGCAUCCCAUACCCCCUGCACACCUGACCCUCCAGGGGAGGAGGCAGGCAGCAGGGCAUUUGGCCAGCCAGCCAGAGGGAGGAGAAGGAAAGAUCAUAGUCCUUGUACAGUAUCCAACACUUACCAGCUGGACUGUCUAGGAGGAGAAAAACAAUGACAUUUUCUCUUAAUUUAACUUGGUCAUAGAUUUUGUCUAUUUUUCUUUAUAAAUGUUUGGCUUCUGGAAUUGUUGUUCACUUGUUGCUUCUGUACACUUUGAACUUAGUGAUCAUUUUUUAAAGCUGCCUGGGUGGAUUUAUAUAAUUUGUUGCUAUCUCAUUCUGAACAAAUCAACACAACAGUCAUUUGUCAUAAACUUAAUUUGAUAUUCUGUUCUCAUUGAUUUAGAAUUUACUUGAAUAUCUGGUGAUGGAACCCUCCAAAUAAAAGGAUUUUGUAACCAUAAUCACCAUUUUACCUCAAGAAGCAUUUCUUCUGUUUUCUCUGAUUUCUAUUAGGUCUCAGUAAUUUAUUUUAAGAUCUUCUCUGGAUGGAAGAGAAGGAAGAGCUGUCCAGGCUCCGCGCCCUAUUCCUCUCUUUUGACGCUAAACGCUCAGGCCGCUUGCAGCGAGGGGAUUUCUCUUCCCUGUGUGCUGAGCUCAGGGUGAGCCCUACUGAGGCUGAGACCAUAUUUCAACGUCUAGAUAGGGACAGUGACGGAGCUAUUACUUUCCAGGACUUUUUAAUGGGAUUCCGAGGGGCCAGAACAAAUCUAGUGACUCAUGGAAGUUGGGAUCCCAAUGCUGAGGAGACGCAGACAGUACCCCAAUAUCCAGUUAAGGAGGAGCACCAUGAAGAAGAAACAUUUAGCGCUGCUUGGGAGGACUUCCAGCUCAGACUGGGAGAAGAUGCAAAUUAUAUAACAAGACGGGAACAAGCCAGUGUCCUUUACCAGAACAUUAACUUAGUGGAACCACUGUUAAUCCAACAGUAUGAACAUGUCAUUAGGAGUUUUGUUCGGGAAAUCAGACUUCAGAGCACAGAAAUGGAAAACCUGGCAAUCACAGUUAGGAGAGCUCAGGAUAAAGCAGCGAUGCAGCUGAGUGAGUUGGAGGAGGAGAUGGAUCAUCGGAUCCAAGCAGUUGAGAAUAGAAUAAAGAAAGAGGAGAAACGGAAGGCAGAGGAAGCGCUUAAUGAUCUAAAACGUCAGCAUGAAUCAGAAGUCGCUGAACUUCAAGUAGCAAUAAAAAAGCUUAAAAAGCUGGAAGAACAAUCAAAAAACAUAAGUUUAAAAGAAGAUGUGGCUGCACUUAGAAAACGAAUGCAUGAAUUAACAAUGGAAAAUCAGAAAUUGAAAAAGGAUCUUUUGGAGGCACAGACGAGUAUUUCAUUUCUCCAGAGUGAAUUAGAUGCCCUGAAAAGCGAUUAUGCAGAUCAAAGUCUCAGCUCUGAAAGAGACCUGGAAAUAAUCAGAGAGUAUACUGAUGAGCGAGAGACCUUGGCAAGACAAAUCGAAAUUCUCCAGAGUGCCAAUCGCAAACUACACGAUAGUAAUGAUGGACUGCGUACUGUGCUGGAAAACAGCUUCAGUAAAGGUAGCCGAUCUUUGCGCACAAAUAACACAUCACCAGGGAGCACAAUAUCUAGAAACAGUCCCAAGCUGAACAGGAGUAAUUCUCCUUAUGACAGGUCUCCUCGAUCAUCCUACUUGGAUGAAGACUAUGACACUUUAGCAGCAUGUGAUCCCAUGCAACGAAUGAACUGUGAGGUUGACAGCUUGCCUGAGAGCUGUAUAGACAGCGGCUUAUCCACUCUGAGGGACUCCAAUGAGUACGAUUCAGAAGCUGAAUACAGGGCAUCAAGAAUAUUUCAUAGGUCGCGGUUUGCACAUGAAAGUGGUGGAGAUGCAUCAGAUACAGAUGUUCCAGAAAUCAGAGAUGAAGAGUCGUAUGCACCAACCUCUAAUGGGACUCUAUUAGACUGGAGACCCUCACGGCCCGUCAGCAGAAGCAGCUCAGGUGCAUCGUCAAGAAAGUGUAUCUCAGCUCUUCCUGCACCAGUACCCACUGCAGACAGCAUAGACAAAAAUACCAAAUAUCCCAGCACAGACAAGGCUUACAAGAUUGUUCUUGCCGGUGACGCAGCUGUGGGGAAGUCAAGUUUCCUUAUGAGACUGUGCAAAAAUGAAUUCCGAGGGAACACAAGCGCCACUUUGGGAGUGGACUUCCAAAUGAAGACACUGGUUGUAGAUGGUGAGCCCACACUCUUGCAGCUUUGGGAUACAGCUGGCCAGGAAAGGUUCAGAAGUAUCGCAAAAUCGUAUUUUAGGAGAGCAGAUGGAGUCCUCCUUCUGUAUGAUGUAACUUGUGAAAAAAGCUUCUUAAAUGUGAGAGAAUGGAUAGAUAUGAUUGAGGACGCUACUAGUGAGAACAUUCCUGUAAUGAUGGUUGGAAAUAAAGCUGACCUUCGACCUAUAAUGACAGAACAAGGACAUAAGUGUGUGCCUACAAGUUUUGGGGAAAAGUUGUCUAUGACCUACAGUGCUUUAUUCUGUGAAACCAGUGCCAAAGAAGGAUCGAAUAUUGUUGAGGCUGUUCUCCAUCUUGCGCGUGAGGUGAGAAAGCGAACGGAUAAUGAUGACAGGGGUUCUGUAACAAACCUUACUGGGGCAAAUUCUAAAAAACCAAUGCAAAUGAAGAACUGCUGUAAUGUUUAGACCAACAAAGUGCUCUUUAAUCUCAUAGAUUGUUAAAGUCAAUAACCAAUGUUUGAUACAAAUAUGAAGGAAUUUAAGUUGUAUAUAAGCAAUAUGUGCAAUUCCUAGCUUCCUAUGUGCAUUUCUAGUUUCUCUUUAUUCUCCUCUGUAUAUUAUUUGGGGAGCCCUUUAUGUUUUUGUUAUGUAUAAGCUUUUACAUGUACAGUUUAAAUAAAGUAAUUGAUAAUAAAUAAAAAUGCCAGACGUCUCAAUUUACCACGUGAUAAUCUUUUUUUUAACUGUAUUUAUAAAUGUGAGUUUUUAACCUUGUUGGUUUUUGUGCACUAUUUGGGCUUUUAAGCGCUAUGUAAAUGUAUCUUUGUUUUUCUCAAAUUAAACAAUUUCUCAUGUAUAAUUUAUUAAAAUACAUAUAAAUUACCCCAGCAAA